GGGCGCUCGAGGGAAAGCGAGACGGGCGAUGGGGAAGAGAAGCAGCGGCGCCGUCGAGGCUCGGGUGUUCGGGAGCAUGGAGGAUUUCUGGGGCUUCUACCUGGGCCAGCACUCGAAGCCGGCGACGCGGCGCUGGCACUUCGCCGGCACGCUGGCGUCGCUCCUCUGCGCACUCCUCGCGGCCGCCACGGGCCGCGCCGCGCUCCUGGCGGCGUGCCCCGUGCUCGGGUACGGCAUGGCGUGGUACAGCCACUUCUUCGUGGAGGGCAACCGGCCGGCCACGUUCGGCCACCCCGUCUGGUCCUUGCUCUGCGACUACCGCAUGUUCGCCCUCAUCCUCACCGGCCGCAUCGACGCUGAGCUCGCCCGCCUCCGCAUCCGGCCCCGGAGCGACGCCGCCGUUCACCAGCAGUGACUGAUCCGUCUCAAAUUCCCCGUCUCUUUGCGUCUCGUGGUACCAUCAAUAAGUAAAAUUUCCUCCCCGUGCACUUGCAGGUGCUAAUUAAGUUCUUAUUUGGCGUGUGUCUACCAUACUAGCCGCAAUUUGUGAUUGCCCUAAUCUUA